AUGGCGUCACUGAGAAAUAAUUUAGGCGUGCUGAAUAAAAUAUUACGGGUUGAUAAUAUAACAGUGCAAGAACGGAUAUCACUACUGUCACUCAAAGUUGGUCUUGUGGGCGAUAGAGAGAAGAUGGAGAUACAUGUGGAAUUAUCACAGCUAUACAGCUCACUCAAUCAGCUAGAAUUGGCUUAUGUGGAAUUAGAUCAGGCAGGCGUGGCUGUACAAAACGACAAAGCGAAAGUAAUACAGAUACUUGGUAUGAAAGUUGAUAUCGAGCAUAGGAGACAGAGGUUGAACAGGGCACAGCAGCUGCUCAACCAGAUCGAGAAGCUGGAGAAGCUGGAGAAGUUGGAGUAG